AUGGACCAUAUGAAUGUGAAGACGCCCAGACACAACUCCAUGGAAAUGGACAUGGAUGAGCCAAGUGGCAUUCCCUGGCUCGAUAGUCCGGUCAUGCUGCAUUCCUCCCGCGCGGAUACGUGCAAGUUGACGCCCGAGCAGUGCGCUUAUCGGAGGGGGCACUGGCGGUACUGGUACGAAGCCGACCACGUCUACGCACUCAACACUGUGUAUUUCCUCUGUGCGACGGUCGUCGUCUUCGCGGUCGCCCACUUCGUGUCGAGGUAUGCUCCUGCCCGGGUACGGAGGAGCCCGCUAUGGCAGAAGGCCACUGCCGUCGGGCGCUUUCUGUCGUAUAGGGGCUUCCGGAUCCCUGGGUUGGGAUAUUGGGCUGCCAGUGCUGGGGUUGCGGGCUUGAUUGCGAUUGGGGCGGUUUUCUUUUUUGCAAUGACCCUCGGCCCUCGCCCAUACUACUGGCCCAACACCGACGAAGUCUCAUACGGCGGAAGUCCGCCUAUCGCGACCAGGGCCGGAUGGAUGGCCGUCGCCCUGCUGCCGUUUGUACUAGCCCUUGGCGCCAAAGCAAACCUUAUCUCCGCCUUAACGGGCGUACCUCACGAGAAGUUGCAGGUCUUCCACCACUGGACCAGCUAUGCGAUGUUCGUGUUGGCCCUUGUGCAUACCUUCCCGUUCAUAGUGUACAAUAUUUCCAAGGGCCAGAUGGUAUCCGAGUGGAAGAGCAGCGUUGUCUACUGGACGGGCGUGAUAGCACUGGUUGCGCAGGCUUAUUUGACGUUUAUGAGUUUGCCGAGUAUACGAAACCGGUUCUACGAGUUCUUCAAAGCAACGCACUUUUUCGUCGCGCUGAUCUUCAUCCUGUUCUUUUUCUUCCACUGUGACUUUCGGUUGACGUCUUGGGACUACUUCAUUGCCGCCGGCUCCCUCUACAUCUUCUCCCUCAGCGCCUCCCUAAUCCGCACACACCUCAUCAACGGCCGACACAGCGCAACACUCACGCUCCUCCCAAGCGGCCUCCUCCAGAUCAGAAUCCCGACGAUCCUCACCUGGACUCCCGGGCAGCACGUCUUCAUCCGCUUCACGAGCGUUAGCAAUGUCGGACUCCACGCUCUCACCUCGCACCCUUUCACCAUCUGCUCUGUAUCCCACGAUAUCGCGCAAUCAAAGAGAGCGAAUGAGAUGAUGUUCUAUCUUAAGCCGAAGAACGGGAUCACCGGGCGUCUUGCGAAGAUCGCAUCCAAGGCCCCUGGAAAGAGGCUAUCGGUUCUCCUGGAGGGUCCAUACGGUGGCAUUGAACCAUCUGUCCUCGAUCGCUCAGAGGACGUGCUCAUCAUCUCCGGCGGCUCGGGUGGUGGAUUCUCACUGGGUGUUUUCGAGAGCGCUUUGCGCACAAUCAACCAAACAUGCGGAUGCGCCGAUGACAAAGAUCCAGGAAGAAAGAGUAUCCAGGUAAUCUUCGCAACACAGACCGCCGACGUUGCGGCCUGGUACCGCGAUGAGAUCGAGGCGCUGGCAGGAAUCUACGGUGUCGAUGAUGUGAACGUUGACGUCUCUAUCCACGUUACCUCCGCAUCUCAACCACCUGCAUCAAAGCAAGCCAUCGCCGCCAUCGACACAGAAGCUGACGUCGAAAAUAAGCCCCUCCCAUCAAUGCCAGUCUCGUCCACAGAAGCCCAUCUGGAAUCGAAAACCGCGGCGGCGGCAGAAGACGCGAUCAUCCCUAUCUCUUCAUCCUCCUCCUCAUCUACAUAUGAGAAAGGGAAAUCGCUCAGCACACCAACGACCUUCCACCAAGGCCGACCGGAUCUCCCCUCUAUUAUCGCCGACGCUGCUAACUCCAGGAAACGUGUUGUGAUCUACGCGUGCGGUCCGGCGUCCAUGCUGCAUGAUGUACGGAAUGCGGCUGCGGCUGCGCAGGAGGGGAUUCUGAAGGGUAGUGGUGCUGGGGAGGUUUAUUUGCAUUCGGAGAGUUUUUCGUAA